AUGGCUACGGCUCAAGCACAGUCUUUCCAGUUUGGCGUGGAGGUUGAAGUGCUGCUCGAGAGCUGUAAGCGGAAUCAUCGCACGUGGGGCGACCUCGCUGAAUUCCUCAGCAAGCUGCUAAGAAACGCCGGCGUCUGCAUCCGCGUCGGAGUAUCCAAGAAGUACGAAGAGUGGAAGAUCGUCCCCGAGCGGUCUGUCCAGGAUCAGGAGAAUCCUUGGACCUAUGGCGUCGAGCUCGUCUCGCCGGUAUACGGCGCCGACUCCAUCUCCACCCUGAACGAGGAUCUCCACCGCAUUUUCGACGCCAUCGACAGCGCUAAAGGCGACCUCGCCUUCAGCACCUCACCCCAAUGCUCCACCCACGUCCACAUCUCCCGCACCGACCCGCUGUCGCCGGGCGAAGUGGCCUCGCUCGCCCGAGCAGCCCUGUACUUCGAGCGCGCGCUCGACCAGCUCAUGCCCCCGUGGCGAAGCGACCCGGGCUCACACUGGGCACGGUCCAACCGCGCCGAGAUCAACCCCGCGCUCGCCGGCCUGUCGCUGGCGCAGUGCCUCGCCAAGCUCGACGCCGCCGCCGAGGCCGCCACCGCCGAGGCGGCCGGCGACACCCGCCCCGUCAUCGAGGUGAUGAACCUGGUCACGCGGGACUCCAGGCUGGCGGUGGCGCGGGGCCGGACUGCCGACUUCGUCCGCGGCAAGAACUACAAGUGGAACCUGACCGGCCUGCUGUCGGCGCCGCGACCCGAUGACAUGGAUGUGGACGUCCCCGGCACGAUCGAGUUCCGCCAGCCGCCGGGCUGCGCCAGGGCCGAGGACGGCGUGGUCUGGGCUGUGCUGGCUGUGGCGUUCGUUGCCGGUGCGGUGGCGGUCGGCGGGCGGCUGGGGAUGGGGGAGGAGGAGGAGGGCGGUGGCGGUCGGGUCCUGGGAGAAGAGGGUGGGUCGGUUGAAGAGCUGUGGGAGUUGUUCGAACAGGGCAGGGUGGUGCUGGGAUGGGAGGAUCUGGAUGUGCUGAAGCAGUUGCGGUCCGCUGGGCAGACGGCUUGA